AUGGAUAAGAAACUUGGGAUGUUAAAUGAAGUUAAGGAAUCAGAAGAAGUUAAGGAGGAUGGAGAAGAAGUUAGGGAAGGAGAAAAAGUUAAGAAUGAAGUUAAGGAAUCAGAAGAAGUUAAGGAUGAAGAAGAAGUUUUAAAUGGAGAAGAAGUUAAGGGUAAAGAAGAAAGUAUGGAUGGGGAAGAAGUUUUGGAUGCAGAAGGAGUUAAGGAGGGAGAAAUGAUUAUGGAUGGAGAAGAAGUUAAGGAAGGAGAAGAAAUUAGGGAUGAGGAAGAAAGUAAGGAUGGAGAAGAAGUUAUGGACGGAGAAGAUGUUAAGGAAGGCGAAGAAAUUAAGGAAGGAGAAGAAGUUAGGGAAAGAGAAGAAGUUUGGGAUGGAGAAGAAGUUAAGGAUGGAGAGGAAGUUUGGGAUGGAGGAGAAGUUUGGAAUGGAAGAGAAGAAUCGAAGUAUGGAGAAGAAAUUAAGGAAGAAGAAGUUUAG